GGCUCCCUUCAGUUCAGUAACAGUCAGGUGUUAUAGCCUGAGGACAUACAUGAAGGACCCACAGCUCCCAGCCAUCAAAACACGCCUAUGGCCAAAGCAGAAAGUGAGCAAAAAAAACAAAGACGGGGAUCCAAAGGCGGGAAAGACAGCGAAGCCCCUGGCCCCCGCUGCUAUUUGUGCCAUCCCACAGCUGACUGAGGCUGAGAGAAUGAAGCAGACACCGUUUGACAGGCUUGUCUAUGACAUGGCCCACAACGAGAAGAUGGUCAACGAGCUCGCGCUGGGCAGAAGAGUUGGCUUCUACGAGAUGCGUGGAGAGAUUGGGCAGGGAAAUUUCUCUACUGUCAGGUUGGGCAUCCAUGCUUUGACAAAAGAGAGAGUAGCUGUCAAAGUCAUGGACAAGCUGCGUCUGGAUAAAAAGAGCCAGCCACUGAUAUCCUCAGAGAUCAGCUCCAUGGAAAAGUUGUGCCACCCAAACAUAGUGCGACUUUAUGAAGUGUUCGAGACCAGCAGGAAGCUACAUCUGGUGAUGGAGUAUGGCAGCGGUGGAGACCUGUUCUCCCGAAUUACCACCAGAGGGAGGCUUAAUGACCUUGAAACAAAGCUGGUUUUUGCACAAGUCAUCUCUGCUGUUAAACACAUGCAUGACAACAACAUCAUCCACAGGGACCUGAAGGCAGAGAACAUCUUCUACACAACCAGCUACUGCAUCAAGGUUGGUGAUUUCGGCUUCAGCACGGAGAGCGGCAUUAAUGAGCUCCUCACCAACUUUUGUGGCUCACCACCUUAUGCUGCUCCUGAACUGUUUAAGGAGAAAGGGUACAUCGGACACUAUUCAGACACCUGGGCUUUAGGUAUUCUCUUGUACUUCAUGGUGACAGCUACUUUGCCCUUUUCUGGGGACAACAUGGCAAGACUGAAGCGCUGCAUCCUUCAAGGUGCCUACAACAUCCCUCAUUAUGUGCCCGAUCCAUGCCAGCUUAUUAUUAAGGGCAUGCUGCAACCUGUGCCUGUUGAUCGCACCUCUCUCACGCAGAUUACAAACAGUGCUUGGCUGAAGGGGAUUGAGUGCCCUGAUCCGUAUGUCUUGUUGCCACUGACCCCGGCCCACUUUGCCCAGGCCAACCAGACUCUGUGCGUGGAGGAGCAGGAAGUAAAGGAUUUGCUGUCAGAUCUUGGUAUUGUGACAGUCCAUUUAAAAAACAAUCACUGCUCAGACUGUAGGAGUCCGAUAACAGGAACCUACCGAAUCCUCCUACACCAGGUCCAGAAGAGGAGGUCAGUGGAGGCUGUGGGUUAUUCAGCGCUUCAUCCUGAUCAGUAUGGGAGUCCAAAGGAAUGGUCUGUAGCAUCUGUUGUCAAAAGCACCCCCACAGCUGUCUGUGUUGUACUUUAAUGAGAAAUAACUGAAAUGGCUUUGAUUGUGGCAAAAUUUAUUACAUACAUAUGUAGUCUUUUGUGCACUGACACUCAUUUCAGGCUUGUUUAAUUUGUAUGGCAUGUUGAAAUGAUUUCAUUUUGUGUUGUGCAAUACUGCAUCGAAUUGGCAGGCACAUCGGAGUUGGAGGGUUCUUUUGUCACACAGUGUAAGUCAAUUACAGCUUACGGACUAAGGCACCGUUUUUAAGUAAGUAGCUAUGGCUUUCUGUUCUGAUAACGUCACCAGCCACAAGCUUACUGACGUAUAACAUUCAUCAAUCAAUUUAUGGCUAUCAGCAUCUUCAAAUCCCUCUUAGUCAGUGCAUAAAUCUGUUGAACUAAUCCCAGGUCACAGGUAAUCCCAAUAAGUGAGAACAUGCUUGGUUCAAGAGAAGACUAUGGAAAAAAAAACAUGUCCCAUUAAAGCCAUCU